AUGAGAUUUGGUUUUAUGAUAAAACUUUUAUCAGCACUAAUGCUUGUGAAUUCACAAACUUCUUUACAGAGUAGUGAACCAGUUGUUGGCUGGUGCGAUCCUUACGAGACAUUCUGCCUGUUCUCACCUGGGUCCAACUUAUUCGUUUCCAACCUUUUGCAGGCCCAACAAAUUUGUACUGCAAGCAAGGAGAACAGCUGGCCUCUGGAGAUACAUCAUCCUAGCGUUUCAAACGCUCUUGAUCAACUUUUAAAUAAUUUACAUCUUUCAGGCAGCAGUUUUGCUUUCGUUUUGAACGCUGAAAUGGAUGGUAAAAAAUGGAAAUGGAUAAACAACAAUUCAACUAUUAGAGACAAAAAUUGUAACGUCAAUCAGAUAAUGGGAUUUCAAAAAAACUCAAUCACGUGUUUCGAAGCAGAUGAUGCAAAAUUUCAGUUAAUCUGCGUGGCAGAUUGUUUUUCUUCAUGGGAAGUCUACAACCGCACGGGCAUGGACCAUGCUACCAACAGUCCAAUCACAACAAUAGACGAAUGCAAGAGCUAUUGUGAAAGAGACAGAACCGAUGAAUGCGUGGCUGUCGAGUGGAAUAUUAAUAUGUCAUUUAAUUCAAGAUGUUGGAUUUUUCAAAACAAAUCUGGAAACAUCAGUUUCAACUUUAUAGUAAAAAAUGAUGCUACUAUGUACAUAAUAAAUAGAACAAUUAAAUCUGUUGAUGUUUGUCUGAUUGACCUCAAGACAUAUGUCCCAAGCAUAUAUCCAUCUGUUGGAAACGUGGAAACCGUUAGGAAAACCUUCAUUGGUGAAGCAGUGGGAGGAGGUGUAUCUGGCUUGUUGGUCAUCUGCCUUGUCAUCAUUGUGGUCGUAUGUUGCUACAGGAAGCAUAACAAGUUUGUUUUGUUCAUAAGCUCGUUUGAUGUUGUUUCUAUAAGGCCGUCUGAAGUUAACAACGGAAACGAAGUUGGAACAGAGGACAAUGAUGUUUACACCAGGCCAUCAACAAUCCCAAAUCUAACCGACAAUUCACAUGAACAUUUGUAUAAAAGUUUAAAUUCAAAAAGUUAG